UGUUGUGAUUUGCUUUGCGUGAAAGACACCGCAUAUUGUCAACACAAACAUUUCACCGCCAGGCGAAAGUUAUUCCUGAUUUCAUUCCACUCUGAUAACAAUUUUGCCGUGUAUGGCCGGACCAGGACACAAGAUGAAGGUGCUAUCGCUCUAUAAACAGUUACUGCGUGCGUCACAGAAGUUUGAUUCGUACAACUAUCGUAUGUACGCGCUGCGCCGGAUUCGAGAUGCAUUUAGAGCAAAUAAGGCACUGACGGAUGGUACCACCAUUGCCAGUGAGCUAUCGUACGCACAGAAAAAUCUCGAAAUCAUCAAACGACAGACCAUUGUUGGACAGCUGUAUGGAGCACCGGAUAAGCUAGUGAUAGAGAAAUAAAUCCAUUCGACCUUUAACACACCCGAACCAGACCCCGCUGUAUUUCCAGCAACACUCUGGUUAGAAAAAAGGCCAGAUAGGUUUAACAAUAUCAAAGAACCAAAGGCAAACAUUCAACCGGAGGGGGGAAAGUGUUGCAAAAUUUUGUAUUUUGUUCAGAAAUGUGUUCGUCGCAUUUAAAAAAAUAUAGCCGUUUUACAUCGAAACGAUGGUUUAGUUCGAAAGCCAUAAUCCGUAGCAACAAGAGCGAAGGGACAAAUGUAGCAAAAGACACAAAAACCUACAAAUACAUGUUGUGUAACUAAUUACAAUCGUUAAAUAUAGUUGCUUUUGAAUAUAAUGAAAUUUAACAAA